UCGCAAUGCUAAGUGUUCUAAAUAAACAUUCUCCAUACAUACAAUAUUCAAAUAAAAUAAAAAUUUAGUUAAUUAAAAUUCAUAAAAAAAAGCAAGUUAAAUUUUUUAUUGUUGUCGUGUUAAAUGACCGGUCUCCAUUGAUUUUCUCGAUUUAAUCACAUAAAACAAAAAUGCCAUCUUCAGAAAUAUCUGCAAAUUUAGAUUUUGGACCACUAAAUGAUGAAUUAGCUGCUAUAGCACAAAGUCAAGGUGAAGAUCCAGAUAAAGUAUGUGCUAUAAUACAAGAAUUUCGUGACAUGAUAUUUGAAAAAGGAGAUUUUACACCACAUAGAACUGAUACAGAAUUUUUAACAAAAUUUUUAAGAGCUAGAUAUUGGAGAGUUGAAAGUAGUUAUAAUUUGUUAAAAAAUUAUUAUAGUUUUCGUCGAGCAAAUAAAGAACUUUAUGAAAAAGUACAUCCAUUAGAUUUAAAACCAGUUGGUGAUGCUGGUAUUGUUACAGUUGUUCCAUAUAAAGAUCAAUUAGGUCGUCGUAUUAUAAUAUAUCGUUUCGGUAAUUGGAUACCAUCAAAAAUUCCAUCAGAUGAUAUUUUUAAAGCAAGUUUAUUAUUACUUGAAGUUGGUGCAUUAGAACCAUCUGUUCAAGUAUUGGGUGGUGUUGGUAUUUUUGAUUUAUCAAAUUUAUCAUUGAAUCAUUUAUUACAUUUAACACCAGCCGUUGCACAAAGAAUGUUGGCUUUAGUAAUUACUUCGAUGCCAAUUAGAACUAAUGCAUUACAUAUAGUACAUCAAAAUUGGGCAUUUAAUGCUGCAUACAGUGUAUUUAAACCAUUUUUAAAUGCUAAAAUUAGAGAAAGAAUAUUUAUACAUGGAAGUGAUAUGUCAUCAUUGCAUAAGCAUAUAUUUCCUGAAAAUUUACCAAAACGAUAUGGUGGAAUACAUGAAGAAUAUCCAUAUGUUAUGUGGAUAGCAUUAACUAAAAAUGAAAAAAUUAAAAAUGAAUUAGAAUCAUUAGGAUAUGUUGUUGAUACUAAAGAUAUAAAUUUAGAACAAUAUUUUACUUAAUAGAUUUAAAUAGAAAUAAAGUAUAUGUAUAUGCAAAAUUUUAAAAAUAAUUACUUAACUAUAAUUUGUUUUUUUAAUAUUUUACAUCUCAUAAUGAAUAUUUGAUUAAU